AUGGCUUAUCGUCAGCCAAAUGAGAGUUCCAAAAAAGGUAAAAUAAGCCGUGGAGAUAUGAGAAGGCGAGAGAAAAGGAUUGCUGAAUUGGAAAAGGAUCUUAAGAUGGAACGGCAGAAGUACGAAGACCGUAUGAUGCAGCUUUCUAAGGAAAACGAACAGCUUAAGCUUGCAUUAGCGGAAGAGGAGAAAUCGAACGAGAAGCUGCGAAUGGACAUUGAAACAUUCCGACAUCUCGAGACUGCAAUGAAUGAACAGAAGAAACGAGAGAGGCAAGAGAUACAUUCGGAUCAGCAGCGUACAUCUGCCACCAGUCUCAUACCACAGAUAAGCGAAAGUGAGCUUUGUUACGAUGGUGCAGUUUCAAUUCGAUUAACCGUGAAGCGACGACAUCAGUGGCAAGAAUGCUUUGCAAUAUUCAAUCCAACAGGCCUUCUGUUCUAUUUGACCCAGAAUGAGCGACAGCCGUUUCAAACUAUCCAAGCCGAUAAACUUUGUCAUGCCCGACAUGUAAGUGCUGCGGAUGUUCGUUUCGCUGGAGAAAAUCAGUUGCCACGUAUAUUUCAGAUAUUUUAUGAUACUGAAGAAAGCUCGUCCCGGCGCUCCUCGAUGGCUGAUCUGUCAUCACUUUCCGGCUCUCGUGAGGAAAAGUUGGAUAAAGGGUUGUGGAAUAGACACGAUCUUGUUGAAAUAACAUUCCAUAUGCCGACGAACUGUGAUCUUUGCGUGAAACCACUAUCAAAUUUUCUUCGACCUCCUCCCGCUUUCGAAUGCAGA